AAAGGAUUUUAGUGAUAAUUAGAGAAUGUUAGGAAAUUGGAAGAGCUGGUGCCGCUUGUGUGCCAAUGAGUGUACCGUCUUCACCUUGGAAUCUCUGGAUGAAUUGAACGAGAUCCUCCUGAGACAUUUCAAUUUUGCGCUACAAGAAAUAGCUGAUAUUUGUAACAGUAUAUGCGAGGAAUGCUACAAUUUUGUAAACAAAUUGGAUCGCUUCAAGGAGCGAUGUUCACAAACUAGUAAGCUACUCACGGAACUGUGUGCGGCAAAUGACGAGGACUUGCGUGAUGGCGAUAUUCAGGACUUACGGUUUCGAUUUCUUAGUGAUUCUAUAGUUGUUGUACCUGAUGACGAAACUGACGAUAAGGAUGGCAUUCAAACCGACACAUCCGAACCCAAUUUGGAAACUUCUAAAUUGCUUGAGCAAGGGUUGCACACCAGCGAUCUUGGGGUGCAAGGGUUAAUCGGACUAGAGAUCGUUCAAACGGCUUCGAGUGAGAUGAAAAGUCAAUCGCUUGAAAGUUUGGAUAUAAAAACCGAAUUUGCUGUUUGUCCCUUGGAUGAAGACGACCAAAUUGAAGAGCAUGAUAGUGAAACGGCAGCGCAAAAUGAUGAUGAGGAAACUGUUUUAGAUGUGGUAAUAAGUGAAGACAGCUGCAAUUCUGACGAGGAAAUAAAACCUAAAGAAUCGAAAAAGGAAAACAAGCGUAAAGUGAAAUCGAAACGCAUUGAAAUUGUACGGCAGGAUUUAGAAGAUAAUACUGAAAUUGGAAUUCAGUGCGAGUCGUGUGAGAAAACUUUCCGCACGCGUUCACUCUACGUGUACCAUCUGCAAUCGAAACAUCCCGACUCGAGGGAACUUGCCUUCAGCUGCUCGCUUUGCCCUAAACGGUUUCCUUCGGAGAAAAAAGCCAAACUGCAUGAAUAUGUGCAUCUACCGAAGGACAAAAAGGUGCUACACCCGUGUGAUUUCUGUGAUAAGAAGUUUAGUCAAUUGGUAAAUGUUCAAGCGCAUAUUAAAGCUGUUCAUAUAGGUGAGCGUCCGUAUAUUUGUGAAGAAUGUGGCAAGGCGCUUGGAACAAAGGGAGCUUUGAAGGAACACCAAAUAACUCACAGCGAUGAGAAACCAUUUCAAUGUUCUUAUUGUCCGAAAAAAUUUAAAAAUUUACCUCGACUAAAAACACAUGAAGAUAUACAUAACGACACGCUAUAUGUUUGUCCCCACUGUGGACUACAGCUAAACACAAAGCGAACGCUAAAAAUGCACAUGGUUGUGCAUUCGGAUCAAAAAAGGUUCAAGUGUCAGUACUGUGGUAACGAGUACAAGCGAUCGAAAGCACUGAAAAGCCACCUGAUAUUGCACACUGGUUUGAGACCCUAUCAAUGUCCUUUCUGUGAAAAGACAUUUGCCAACGGUUCUAACUGUAGAACUCAUAAGAAAAAGGCACACCCAAAAGAGCUAGCCGCUCUGGAAGCAUCGGGAGGCCAAACGCCGGCUACUAAUAUUCCUAAGCUAAGACAAUUGCAACCAAAGACACCAGAAGAUCAAGCGAGUGUGGCAGCAGAUGCGACUCGGCAGGCUUCAACAAUUGUUGCAUCCAAUCCAGUUCGCGUCGUGGCCGAGCAACAGUCUCCAACUGCUAGUGAAUCUUUGUCCACCGAGGAUUUGCUUCUGACGCGUAACGUACGGCUAGUGACCGCUUACUUCCAUUCUCACAGUGAACCACCUCCGUUAAAUAUCUUAGCAAACAAUGUGAAAGGUGGAACGCAGAAAGCGGAAAAGGUUGUCCCAAAGCGAGUAAAUUCGAAGUCUGUAAUCGGCCAACCGCAGCUAGCCGGUUCCGAUGUAGUUACGAUACCUCCAUUGCAGUUGAUUUCCAGUAAUCUUUGAACUUGUGUCUGUUGAGUUCAUACCAAUGCAAUCGCCUAGGCUAGUGCAAAGAAUUAGUUCAAUUAGGUUAUUUACGUUUAAGUUAAAGAUAUUAUGUGCUGGAUGGGAAUGUUGAAAGAAAACGUUUGUGACGUAAGCUAUUAUGAUGGUUUCAAAUUGGAAAAAGCUGGGUUUGUAUCCGGUUGUAAUUGGCUCUUAUUAUAGCUUGAUAAAGAGGAACGUUAUACAAACUUCUACUUAUUUUUUUUGCUCCUUUU